AUGUCGUUCAAAUUCGCCACGGAACGCAGCUACGACCCUUCAUCAUUUGCACAGUUGCUACAGCGAAGAGAGCGGUCGGAGAAGAGGCCUCAGUCAUCACUUCUCAAACCGACUGGUCGUGUGAUGCGCGACGAUGACAACACCCCCUCCAGCCGGCCACACGCCCUGGAGACAUGCGUCAACGCGCCUCGGACCAGCAGUGCAGGCCUUCUCACACCGCCGGACUCUCAGCAGCGCAAGCGUCGAGGCAGCACUGGGCAGGAUACACCCACGAAGAGGCAUCAGAGCAGCCGCGUACCCCCGCAGUGCAGUGUCUGCGGCAGCAGAGCUCAAAUCAAGCAGUGUCAGAGCUGUGCCGCAGUGUAUCUGUGCUCGCACUGCAUAAUAUACGCACCGCUGGCUCACCCCUUCCGUGGCCAUUCCUUCAGACCGACCGACCAUAAGGCGACUGUCGUAUACGGUGGCAUGGACAAGGUAAACAAGUUGAGCCAAGACCUUGACGACAACCACAACGAUAAGGACAAGGAAUUGGUUUACGAGGAUGGCGUGGACUCUCUACCUAAGGAUACCGGUCACGAUCGGGCAGCUCCAUUUCCAUGUCGAUUCUGCGGCAAGCACAUGGACGGGGAGUGGUAUGAAUGCCAGGACUGCCUGGGCGCUGCCGCGCAUUUCUGCUUCCAGCAUACCUGGCUUCACGACAGGCUUCACACUUCACAUACCACCAAGGCUAUCAGCGUGGGCGUGCAGCCGGGCGAGCAGGCCAGAGACCAUAAUAGCGUGCUGCCAUAA